CUUUGCUCUCAAAGACUUGUCUUAAAUUUUUGAUAAUUAGACGAUUCUAAAAUCGCUCAUAUAUUCAUCCCCGUUGCAAAAUCAAGUACACAUUCACAAGCCUGCUUUAAUCAUGGACUUGGACUCAGAUAUGGAGUAUCAAGUUGUGUCAGAGUCAGACGAUGAGACUGGUUGUUGUGGGAAGAUGAAGAAUUCGCUGAGUGGCAUUAAGUCACAAUUCAAGGUUCACGAAGAAGAGAAUCUGAACUUGCAGUCAAUUGACAAGUAUUUUGUAACCAACAACUUCGUGAGCAUCUUCGUUGGUGACGUCGAGCAGCCGUGGGUGUUGCCAGAAAAACUUCUCUGCGAUCACUCCCCAUUUUUCCAAGCUGCUUUGAAGGGAGGGUUCCAGGAGAGCUGCACAAAGGAAGUUCGCCUCAGGGAAGCCAAUCCCCUCGGAUUUCCGCUUUUUGUGCAAUGGAUUUUGACUAGGCGACUUCGUUGUCCCGAGGAACAUGAUCUUUACGUCGCGGAUGUCGACCAUUGUUUGCCACUUUGCAGUGUCUACGUAUUAGCAGACAUGCUCGACAUGAAGAAACUCGCUAUGCAUGCCGUCGACCAAGUUCGACGGUGUAUGUCUUUGGAUACACGACUUCCAAGUAUUGAAGAAGUGACUUACGUAUAUGAUAACACAAUGGAGGGCUCUUCCAUGCAGGAAUGCUUCGUUGAUGAGAUGGUUGUAGCAUUUCUUUCCAAAGACUCUUUCGCAGAUACGAACAGAGAAAUGCUCUGGAUUGAGGCAGUGGGAGCAAAUCGAAAGUUCCAUCAAGAUGUAAUGGACGCGAUUAAGGAGCAUACUUUGCUGGAGGUGUGCAGUGUCAAGGAGUGCUCCGUGCAUAAGGAUCGUAACGGGGUGAGAGCGAGGAGAUUGGUACUUGAAAGGAGGAAGCAAAGGCAGUGUAAAGGCUUGGGGAUUCGGCAUGUUUGA